UUAUAUAAUUUUGUAAAUAAGUGAUUUUUCUCCUUCACUGAUGUGCGCUAAUGAGGCUGCAGUGAUGGGCACUGAUAGGCUGCACUGAUGGACACUGAUAGGCGGCACUGAUUGGCAGCACUGAUUGGCAGCACUGAUUGGCAUUGAUAGGUGGCACUGACUGGCACUGAUGGGUGACAUUGAAAGGCAGCUCAGAUGGGCACUGAUAUGUGGCAUUGAUGUGCACUGGUAUGCACUGAUAUGUGGCAUUGAUGUGGCACUGAUGGACACUGACUGCUGGCACUUCUGGGGCCACACUGAUCAUCAGGGCACACUGAUCAUCACUGUCAGCGGGACA